CCUGACGAUCCCAGAGUUCUUCGCGCAAACACGGGUAUCCGAUUACUGGCAACUCAUUCAUUGCAAGAUGUCUUCUUUGUCGCCUGAAGACAUCUUGCAAGCAUCUACUCGGAUAGAGCCAUAUAUUAGAAGAACUCCUCUGGAAUAUUCUCCCUGGCUAAGUGACGAAGGAAAAUCUAAGGUCUACGUUAAAUUAGAAAGUGAGCAGAUAACAGGAUCUUUCAAACUCAGAGGAGCUUUCAACAAACUUCUCUCCCUUAAAGAGUUGAAUGAUGAUGUCCUUUUAACAGAAGGAGCCAUAACAGCAUCUACUGGAAAUCAUGGUGCAGCCACAGCGUACGCCUCAAGCAAAGUCUGCAUUCCAGUUACUAUAUAUGUACCCAAGACUACUUCUCCUGCAAAGUUACAGGUAGUGAAACAGUUUGGUGGUACUUUGGUGUAUCAUGGAAUAGACUGUGUUGAAGCAGAAGUUAAAGCAAGGAGUGUUGCCAAGGAAAAUAAUUUGCACUUUGUGUCUCCAUAUAAUGAUCUAGUUGUUGCUGCAGGGCAAGGAACCAUAGGGGUGGAAAUCUUUGACGACUUACCCGAUGUUGAUGCAGUGUUUGUGUCUGUUGGAGGAGGGGGGUUAAUAGGAGGAAUUGCAGCCUACCUGAAGUCUGUUAAACCUUCAGUUAAGAUGAUUGGAUGCCAGCCCUCGCAGUCUGCAGUGAUGGCAGAAUCAGUGAAGGCAGGAAAAAUUUUGGAUCUCCCUUCAGGCGUCACACUGUCUGAUGGCACAGCUGGCGGCAUUGAGGAAAAUGCAGUUACCUUUGAUCUUUGUAAAUGUCUUGUUGAUGAGUGGAUUCUUGUGUCAGAGGAGGAAAUAAGCAAAGCAGUGUAUCAAUUUAUGGAAAAUCAUCAUAAAAUUGUAGAAGGUGCAGCUGGAGUGGCAAUUGCUGCUUAUUUGAAAGAACAGAAAAAAUUUCAAGGACAAAGCGUGGUGAUUAUUUCUUGUGGAGCAAAUAUUGCUAUGAAGAAACUGAAGGAAAUAGUUCUUCAAUGGGACUAAGUUACUAACUUAACUAUAUCCUAGAUAGGAAAUAAUUAUAGAAUCCAAAUUUCAAAAUUUCUUCAAAAUUGAUAAAAAUGUGUCUGGAGGUUAAUAAUAUUGUAUAAAUGGUUGUGAAACUUUGUGUAUUUAUCAGUUAUUUGGCAAUGCAAAAUCGAUCAGAUUUUACAAGUGGAUGCGGAAAAAAUAUUACUAAUUGAAUUGCUAUAUAGAACAGCAAAUUACCUGCCAAAAGAGUUCCUGAAACAACUUGCACUUGCUUUUUACUUCAUAAUCAGCCUUUUACCUUUUGGAUAGCAACUUCAUUUACUAUAGUAACAUGUACGGUAAUUUAGAUUUCAAAAUAUUCUCCAGUUUUGCAAAAUGUCGGGAUACUUGAAGCCGGCAGUGAAUGAAGUGUUGAGACUUAUUUUACUGAAUGCAGACAGCCAGCUGACAGCUUAGUCCCUAGACAUUUUCUUCCUCUCGCGGGUUAGUGCAAAUCGCCUGGAAAAGGAUUGGGCGGUGGUGCGAGAAGGUGAGAGAAGGUAAGAGAACAGCGUCAUAAAAUUCCAAGCUGAGAGAGGAAAGAAAACGCAUGGGUGCUACUGAGGCUGUAAAUAAUGCGUUCCAGCUGUCUGACGUUCCAUAUAAGUUAAUUUCCAUCGAACAGAGAAGUCAGUGUAAAUUUAAACAUUGAUACUCUAUCCUUAACUCUGUUAGAAUUGAACAGAUUUUUGUUUUUUCCCCCUUUUUAACGAGCUAGCCAUACUGUUACCACUGACAGAAAGACUAACCCAUGGCCGUGGAGUGGGUUAGUUAAGGGAUGCGUUUUCAGUUUGGGAAAAUCCAAGAUUGGAUUCUUAAAUCUCAAAACAGAUUUUGCGUUUCUUUACCAAACAGAUUAAUCCA